ACAAGCCAAGAAACAAUUCAAACUUUCUUUCCCAGGCAGGCAGUUACAGCAAGAAAGUAAAAUGAUCCCAUAACAAAAUCCUAGCUGAAGGUCUGCUACCCUUCGGCAAUAUAUCAAUAAAACAGGAUUUAAUACAAUUCUUGAAAAAUUGGACUGAACAUAUGACCAUUAAACAGAAAAGACCAUUCUUCUAAAUCAAAGAAAAGCUAAAUAAGACAAAGAAACUGAAUGUUUACCGAGAUAUUUAGUGUGACAGUCAAUCCUUUCCCUAUUCUGUGGAUUUUUCUUUCAUAUUUUGGAUUGCUGAAAUCUUGUUGGAUAUAAGGACACUGGGAGAGUCAGCGACACCACUUAGCUAAAGGAAUACAGAUUUUUUCCCCCCAAUGUCUGCCCAUUUUGACACACAGACACCACUGAAACAUUCCUUUUUUUACUUUAAGACUGUAAUAACUCACAGUGAACCUUGUUGAAGUUCCUAAAACUACCCCAGCACUUUUAUUUUUACUUCUCUCCUCCAACAUUGGUGAGGAUCUUCACACGCAUGUGGAAUGCUGAUUCAGCAGGACAUUAAAUCAAGCAAAGAGAUGUAAAGUGUGCACUUUUAUUAUUAAUUUCCACCCGACUUCCAUCUCUGCAAUGAUGAGAUCGACCAGCAAGAUGAUUCAUUAGUGCUCCUGUGGCACUGCUUGAUGCUGCACUGAAGCCACAGGAUUGGUGAGAUGGAUUAUGGAUGUGUGGUGACAGGUUUUGGUGGGCUAUAAGGGGGGUGGAUGUGCAUGCCUGCUAUAAUUUGUUUGCUCCAUCCCUCUGGGGAUGUUUUUUUCCUAUGAUAGUCGGGAUCAGAUACAGCUGCACAAUCCGUUUAAUGAUCAACAAAUUCUCCCUCCCCUUCUUGGCUAGGAGUAUAAAUUGAAGGUCGCCCGGCUUUGCAUUCUGUUGCGCACACUACUGGGAGAGAGGAAAAGCAAAAGAAGCAAGGGAGAGAACUCGAGUAGAGAUAGUAGAUCAGAUAGUGCCAGAUAGUCAAAAUGAAGCUUGUCUGCUUGUUCUUCCUGGGGAGCAUGUGCACCAUUAAUGCGGCCCGUCGUGUACAAACAGCCACAGAGCCACCAUUUCUACACAAUCCACAACCGACCGAAGCAAAGUCGAGCUUUGCUAUGUUGGACGACGUGCGGCUGCUGGCUAACGGUCUCCUCCAACUGGGGCAAAGCUUGCGAGAGUUUGUGCACAAGACCAAGGCGCAAAUCAACGACAUCUUUCAAAAGCUGAACAUCUUCGACCGCUCUUUCUACCAGCUCUCCGUCGUGACCAGUGAAAUCAAAGAGGAGGAAGAAGAACUAAAAAAAACAACCUCGUUCCUCAAGGCCAACAACGAGGAAAUCAGGAACAUGUCGCUGGAGAUCAACUCCAAGGUCAACAACAUUCUGCAUGAGCGUGUGCAGCUUCAGAGCCAAGUCGGGAAUCUGGAGGAAAAGCUGCAAGGCCUGAGCCAAAGCGUAGUCCCUUUAGAACAGCUCCAAGAGAUCACUGCUCUGAAGGAUGUGAUCGAUACUCAAGAGAAAACCAUCAAAGACCUACUGAAUUCUGUAAAAGAACAGCAUGAACAGCUUAACUCACAACAAAACAAAAUCAAAAGCCUGGAGGAGAAGAUUAAUUACGACUUGCUACAAGACACCACUGAAAAAAUUGCAGAUUCCUUUCAAGAGGUUCCAAACCUUCUCAAAUAUCUGACAAGUAACUCAACCAACACAAGUACUAACACAAAUGAUCUUCCCGCAGACUGUAGUGAAGUGUUCCGUACAGGCCAGAGAAAGAGUGGAGUUUACCCAAUCAAACCCAAUGAGUCCGAGCCAUUCGAUGUGUACUGCGAGAUCAGCUCGGAAAGAGCAGCCACGGUUAUUCAACAGCGAGUGGAUGGUGCAGUAGACUUUGAUCAGACCUGGGACAAAUAUGAGCUUGGUUUUGGAAAUCUGGAGAAUGAAUUUUGGCUUGGCUUGGCAAAGAUCUACUCCAUUGCCAGACAGGGAGAAUACAUUCUCAGCAUUGAGCUGGAGGACUGGAAGGAUGAGAGAAGAUUCAUUGAGUACAUGUUCACCCUGGAAGGUCCUGCAUCUCAAUACACUAUCCAUCUGACUCACCUGUCUGGGAACCUGCCUGAUGCCAUGAGCAACCACACUGGGAUGAUGUUCUCAACCAAAGAUAAGGACAACGACAAUCUUGAUGAGUUUAGCUGUGCUCGCAACUACUCAGGUGGUUGGUGGUUUAACGCAUGCGGUGGCACCAAUCUAAACGGCCGCUACACAUGGAUGCGGACGAGGAGCCGUACUCUGCGCAGAAAAGGGAUCUACUGGAGACCUGGCAAGGGAAGCUCUUAUACUAUUAAAUCCACAAAGAUCUCCAUUAGGCCUUCAUCCCAAUUCCAGUGAACCUGACUAAUUUAAGGCGACUCUAAACUAAUCAAAGUGAUCACAUAAGCAACAAUGACUUUGGCAGACACAAGCUACGUCUUUCUCCUAAACUUUGUCCAAAGGUGCUGGAGCAUGUCGUUCAAGCAUGGUGCAAUGUACAGAUAUUGCAUGUGCAGUUUUGCAACAGCUUUUUACUUUUUAAAUUAUUUAGAAAAUUGCUUGUGGAGAAUUCAAACAGAGCUGAAUAUACUUUAGGAAAAUGAACACAUUUUAUGCUUAUCAUGCUAAAUUUUGUAACCUAUCUUUGCAACUCUAUACAACACUCACAGAAUCAAACUAGUUUCACAAAGCAUCCAUGUUAAAUAAUUCACGUUCUUGUUUUUAUACUCCAUUUUAACUUAAUACCAUAUUUAACCCAUGUUUAUGUUUUGUGCUAGUCAAGAAACAUGGUGCUCUUUUUACGUUACUGAGUCAUAUUGACUCCUGGGUACACAAUGUACACAACUGUACAGUAAAUGUUUGUUUACAGAUUUGUCCUGAAAAACAGUAAGGUGCACAAUUUUCAUAACGAAAUAAAUGAAUCCACACCAAAGAAUUUUGUCUUCAAGUGUUGAAACUGAAGCUGUUUAAGGACUAAUCACAGAAACUAACUUCAUGAAAGUUCCAAAGCAGUAAAUGUGUAAUAAUAAAUGGAUGUAAAGGUGGACAUAAAGUGUAAUGUUUUGCUCUUUAUGGAACACAGAAGUUUUAACAUUGCCAAAUUUUUUUUGAAAAAAAAAAAAGAAAGAAAGAAAAAGAAACACUUUGGGAUUUGCUGUAAAUUUAAAAUAAUCAACCUCUGGGUGGUAACUAUCUCUGUCAGGCUGCAUUCCAGCACCCCAGCAGUGAUUUUCUUACAGCAGGAAAUAUUUUAUUCCAUACAAAAGAAAAAAAUAUAUCAAGUGGUUAAGGCUUUGGGUUGUUGAUCAGAGGAUCAGAGUUCAUGCCCCAGUACUGCCAAGCUGCCACUGCUGGGCCCUUGAGCAAGGCCCUUUACUCUCAUUGCUCCAGUGGUGCUGUAUCAUGACUGACCCUGCGCUCUGACCCCAACCUCCAAAGUUGGGAU